AUGGAAAAGCAAGGGGUGCGUGGCCCUAAACCCCGCCCUCUCAACGGCAACAUCUUGGACAUGGCCUCCCUUGUCGCCAAAUCAACUUCUCAUGACAUGCACACUAUCAGCCAUGACAUCGUCGGCCGCCUCUUGCCCCAUUACGUCCUCUGGUCGAAGCAAUAUGGAAAAAGGUUCAUAUAUUGGACUGGAAUUGAGCCCCGGAUGUGCCUAGCCGAGACUGAGUUGAUCAAGGAGCUUCUGUCCAAGUACAGCACCAUCUCUGGUAAAUCCUGGCUUCAGCAGCAAGGCUCCAAGCAUUUCAUCGGCCGCGGCCUACUAAUGGCCAACGGCGAAGACUGGUAUCACCAACGCCACAUCGUUGCACCGGCAUUCAUGGGAGAUAGACUCAAGAGCUAUGCGGGGUACAUGGUGGAAUGCACUAAAGAGAUGCUCCAAUCUCUGCAAAAUGAGAUAGAGACUUCAGGAGGAAGGGAGUUUGAGAUAGGAGAGUACAUGACAAGGCUCACGGCAGACAUAAUUUCAAGAACAGAGUUCGAUAGCAGCUACGAGAAGGGAAAACAGAUUUUUCGACUGCUCACUGUUCUGCAGCAUCUAUGCUCCCAAGCAAGCAAGCAUUUGUGCCUUCCCGGAAGCCGGUUUUUCCCAAGUAAAUACAACAGAGAAAUAAAAUCCCUGAAAAUGGAGGUGGAGAGGCUCCUAAUGGAGAUAAUACAGAGUCGAAAGGACUGCGUGGAGAUCGGCCGGAGCAGCUCUUAUGGGAAUGAUUUGCUGGGGAUGUUGCUUAAUGAGAUGCAGAAGAAGAGAGGGAAUGGUUUUAGCAUAAAUUUGCAGCUGAUCAUGGAUGAAUGCAAGACGUUCUUCUUUGCAGGACAUGAAACCACUGCCCUGCUUCUCACUUGGACUGUCAUGUUACUAGCCAGCAACCCCUCUUGGCAAGAAAAGGUUAGGGCUGAGGUCAAGCAAGUCUGCAAUGGUGGAACUCCCUCUGUUGAUCAUCUCCCCAAGCUCACUUUGUUAAAUAUGGUAAUAAAUGAAUCACUGAGGCUGUAUCCACCAGCAACUGUUCUGCCUCGAAUGGCCUUUGAAGACAUCAAACUUGGUGACCUCCAUAUUCCAAAGGGCCUAUCUAUAUGGAUACCUGUUCUGGCCAUUCACCACAGUGAAGAAUUAUGGGGCAAAGAUGCAAAUGAAUUUAACCCUGAAAGGUUUGCUUCCAAGUCAUUCACCCCCGGGAGGUUCAUCCCAUUUGCUACCGGUCCUCGAAAUUGUAUUGGCCAAUCUUUCGCCAUGAUGGAAGCUAAGAUCAUAUUAGCCAUGUUAAUCUCCCGGUUUAGCUUCACGAUUUCUCCUAAUUAUCGUCAUGCUCCCGUUAUUGUCCUGACCAUCAAACCUAAGUAUGGGGUUCAAGUAUGCAUGACCCCUAUAGACCCUUCGACUUAG